AUGCCCAAUAUCACCAUCCGCAACCUCACGGCGCGGCCUGUCAUUCUCAAGCGCGUCGAGCGCUUUGAGGGUGAGAGCAAGCGCACCGGGGACAUCCUGGGCAACACCUUUGGAACCCUCAACUCCUUCAUCAAUGCGACAAACUUCACCACGAGGGAGAUUCACGCCAAGGGAGACGCCCACACGGCCGAUGAUGUUGAUGUACACGUCGAACCGUUCGCCAUCAACGCCACAGAGAUUGACGCACCGGACCUUGGCAACCACGACGUCGUCCGUCUGCAGUUCGAGAUCGAGGGCCACCGGUACGAGGUCGACGUCCCGAGCCCCUCCAACCGCUCCUCCGUCUUGAAGAAGCUUGACGAUGCGCCACUCGAGCUGACGGCCAUCUACGUGCCCGAUGGCGCAUUCCUGGCCAUCAUGUCCUCGGCGAACCUCAACGUCUGGAUGCGCGAGCUGCGCGACGAGUACCCGCUGCCCCUCCUCUCCAUCCCGGGCACCCACAACUCGCCGACGUGUCACACGGCGCUGCCGUCGGUGCGCUGCCAGGCCGUCGGUGUCCGCGAGCAGCUCGACAAUGGAGUGCGCUUCCUUGAUAUCCGCGUUUCUGUUGCUACGGACCACGACGACCUUGCCCUCGUUCACUCUGCCUUUCCCAUAUCCCUGACAGGCAGCAAGUACUUCGCCGACAUGCUCGCCGACAUCUACGCCUACCUCGAUGCCAACCCCUCAGAGACGGUCCUCAUGUCGGUCAAGCGCGAGGGCACUGGCAAGGGCACCGACGAACAGCUGAGCCACUACCUGCGCGACCGCUACGUCGGCCGCGACGCCCACCGUUGGUUCGUCGAGCCGCGCAUCCCCCACCUCGGCGACUGUCGCGGGCGCAUCGUGCUGAUCCGCCGGUUCGGCCUCGAUGAGCCCCUGCGCGCCGAGCACGACGGCAGGGGGUGGGCCAUUGACGCACAGCACUGGCCCGACAACUGCGAGGACGGCACAGUCGGCGGUGGGCUCCUACGCGUCCAGGACUUCUACGAGAUUGACCAGUCCACCAACGUCGAGAAAAAGAUCAACUUCUCCCACGGCCAGCUCGAACGUGCGGCCGAGCAGCUCUUCCACCUCCCCGGCAUGCCUGACUUCAACGCCGACGCGCCGCCGAAUCCAUUCUUCGUCAACUUCCUGAGUGCAAGUAAUUUCUUCAACGCGACCUGUUGGCCAGAGCGCAUCGCCGCAAAGGUGAACCCCGCCGUGAUCGAGUAUCUGUGCAUGCGCCACGGCGAGCCGGGCAAGGGACCUCAUCAGCUGGACGUGGGCGACGCAGCGACGGGCAUCAUAGUAACAGAUUGGGUCGGUGCACAUGGUGAUUGGGACUUGAUUAGGUGCAUUAUCGGAAUGAACGCACGGCUGCAGCUGAAGAACUAG